AUGUUCAGUAUACUGAAGGAUUACCGAAUGAUACUGAACCCAACGAAUUGCGCCUUCGGUGUAUCUUCAGGAAAGUUUCUCGGGUUCAUGAUCAGUCAGAGAGAGAUCGACGCGAAUCCCGACAAAAUCAAGGCCAUAAUCAACAUGAAGAUGCUGAAGACACAAAAGGACAUUCAGAGUCUUACCGGACGAGUCGCCGCCUUAACACGCUUCAUUUCCAAGGCUACCGACAAGUGUGUAUCAUUCUUUAAAGCCUUGAAAGGGGGCAAACAGCAUAUCGCAUGGACUGCCGAAUGCCACUCCCAGGAGAGGUUAUAUUUCUUUAUCUUUCGAUAUCUAGCAUUGUCGUCAACUCGGUGUUGA